AUGGGGGGUGGACCCAUCAGUGUUGCAACAUACAUGAAGGAAGUUUUGACCAAUCCAACCCAUGGCUUCUAUAUGAACCGCGAUGUUUUGGGGAGUUCAGGGGAUUUCGUGACGUCUCCUGAGAUAUCACAAGUCUUUGGAGAGUUAAUAGGUAUUUGGACGAUGCUUGCAUGGGAGCAAAUGGGCUGCCCCAGAGACCUCCGCAUAGUCGAGCUUGGGCCUGGGCGGGGGACGCUGAUGGCAGACCUGCUCAGGGGAACGGCAGGUUUUUCCAAGUUUGCAUCUUCAUUGCGAGGCAUUCACCUGGUCGAAAUCAGCAAGGCCUUGCGUGCAUUGCAAGAAGCGGCAUUGAGAGCCAGACCAGGCCUUGUUGGGGAAGGAAGACCACAGGUUUGCUGGCACACCAGCCUGCGUGAGGUCCCCAAAGAUGGGCGACUUGUCAUCAUUGCACACGAGUUUUUGGAUGCACUCCCGGUCCAUCAAUUCGUCAAAACAGACAAAGGGUGGAGAGAAAAGAUGAUUGAUGUUGCAGAACCCCACGACCCUCUGCAUUUCCGGUUUGUCUUGGCAGCCAAUGCUACUCCAGCAGUUGCAUUGUUGGCAAACAAGCGUCUGGAGUGGAUGGAGCAAACCGAACAGGAGAAAUUGAAAGAACUGGAGGCAAGCGCCCAUACCCUGGCAUUGGUGGUGGAAGUAGCUGAGAGGGUGGCUGAGCAAAAGGGGGUGGCGCUCAUAGUAGACUAUGGAAGGGACGGACCCUACGAGAUGAGCCUUCGGGGCAUUCGAGACCAUAGGGUGGUCAAUGUGCUGGAGAGCCCUGGAACGGCAGACCUCAGUGCGCAUGUGGAUUUCAGCGCGUUGAAGCGUGCAGUAGAAGAAUCUGGAAAGGAUGCCAUUGUGCAUGGUCCGAUUUCCCAGGGGCACUUCCUAAAAGCAAUGGGUCUGGAGGCUCGUUUGGAAACGCUCCUGCAGGCCGCCACCCCAGCACAGGCGGCAGCCUUGCGGAGCGGCUGCGAACGCCUCGUUGGUGGAAGCGAGGACGCGAGGCAAGAGGAGGGUGUGGAAGGGAUGGGAGAAGUGUACAAGGUGAUGGCCGUCACUCCCAGAGAGGUCGCAGAGCCCAUCCCGUUUUAG